GUUGUGAUCCCAAAGAAACGUGGAAGACCAGCAAAGGCUAAGGUUGACACCAAAGUAGUAAUUCCAAAGAAACGUGGAAGACCAGCAAAGGUUAAGUCUGAGGCUGAGGUUGCGAUUCCAAAGAAACGUGGAAGACCACCAAAGGUCAAAAGGCAAAGUGUCGCGGAGAGGUUUAUGAGUCAGAAUAAAAUAAAACUAUCGAUUCCUGCAGAUAGUGUAAUAACUCAGGUGGGACCUAAUAAGUACACGGUGACUGUGGAUCUAAGCAAGAGACCAACAAGGAAAGCUCCUGAGGAGCCGAAAGGUGUAGCUCCAUGGAGGCCAGUUCCUAAGCCUAGGACAGUGUUCCCUGAAGAAAGACCUGUUCCUAAGCCAAGGACAGUGUUCCCUAGAGAGAGACCUGUUCCUAAGCCUAGAACCAGAAAGCCAGUGCCUCCUCCAAAGUUAAGGAAGCCCGUAAAGGUAAUGAGGGAAGUUAAGGAACAGCCCGCAGUGGUCACACCAAAGGAACAUGAGAUUGAUCCAUUUGGAACAUAUCUUGAGAAGCCUUCUUAUAGAAAGAUAGAAACUGCCGCAAAUGGUGCAGCGGUGACUUACUCAAUAACUCCAAACUUUAUGGAUCCCUUGGACCAGAUGACAGCAAGUAGGCAGGUAGUGAGGGGAAUUCUAGUGAAUGAGUUGAAGAGAAUGGGAGGUCUAAAAUAUACGGAGACAAUUAAGGUGAGAAUGUCAAAGGAAAUCGGAAAUGACAAAACAAAGAAGGAUUCAGUGUACUUUAAGUCAAAAACUGGAACUGCAACUAACUUUGAGGAUAUUGAAAGCACUGCAGCUCAGAACCAACUGACUAUCUUAUCCAGAAUUGAAACUUUCCAGAACUUAGGUUCAAAUUGGAUUAUUCUGAACAUUGAGAGUCAUUAUGUUAAUAUUGCAAUGUACAAACCUCUCAAGGGUAGUUCAUAUAUGAAGUUACCCGCAGACAUUAGCAAUCCAAAAUGCGGCUUAAUUAAUAUGCAAAACAUGGAUGAGAAAUGCUUUAUGUGGAGUCAUGUGAGACAUUUGAGGCCAAAGGCUAGGAGGGCAACUGCUAUUACAAAGCAAGAUAGGGAGUUCGCGGAGAACCUAGAUUAUAAAGGUAUAGACUUCCCUGUCAAGAUAAGUGAUAUUAACAAAAUUGAAAGAAGAAAUUCAAUAAGUAUAUCUAUAUUCGGUUAUAAGGGCAAAAAGCAGUUCUACCCAAUCAGGAACUCAAAGACUAAAUAUGAUGAACAUAUGGAGUUGCUGCUGUUAGGUGACAACAAUGGUGGUAAUCAUUAUGUCCUAAUAAAGGAUGUAAAUAGAAUGCUCUUCAGUGUUAGCGGUAACUCAAACAAGAAGCACUUCUGCUUGUAUUGUCUUCAUAGUUGCACUAGUGAGGAAACAUUAAAGAAACAUAGUGAGACAUGUGUUAGUGUAAAUGGAACUCAGGCCACGAAGCUUCCCAAUGCUGGUUCAAAAAUAAAGUUCGGUCAUUAUAGAAAUUCAAUGCCUGCUCCAUUUGUAAUCUAUGCUGACUUUGAAUCUAUGCUUGUUCCUGAGGAAAGGAAAGUGGAAUCUGAAGACCCUGAGGAGAAGAGUUCAACUGAGCUUUACCAGACACAUAAAGCUUGCAGUUUUGGGUUGAAGACAGUGUGUCACUAUGAUGAUCAGUACUCAGGCGAAUAUACGAGUUACGUUGGUGCAGACGCUACAGAGGUCUUUCUGAAGACAGUUCUGAAGGAGUCUAUCAGGUGCCGGGAAAUGGUGAACAAAAUCUUCAAGAAAAAGAUGGUAAUCACACCUGAACAAGAAGCUGAGUUCUGGAUGACAAGAAACUGCUCCAUCUGCGGCUGUGACUUAGGUGAUGAUAGAGUCAGGGACCAUGAUCAUGUAACUGGACUUUACCGCGGAGCUGCUCAUAAUAUGUGUAACUUGAAAUAUAGAAUUACAUGGAAACUUCCAGUGGUCUUCCAUAAUCUAAGAGGUUAUGAUAGUCAUCUGAUAAUGCAGGAGAUUGGCAAGUUCAAGAUGAACAUUAACGUUGUUCCAAAUAACAUGGAAAAAUACAUUUCAUUCUCACUUGGUAAAAGUCUAGUGUUCAUUGAUUCCAUCCAAUUCAUGGCUUCUUCCUUGGAGGCACUUGUAGAUAACCUUUCACCUGAAGACUUCAAGAUAGUCGGUAAGAGGUGGCAGGGAGAAGACUUUGAUCUAGUACGACAAAAAGGAAUAUUUCCCUAUGAAUACUUAGAUGACAUUAGUAAACUUGACACUGAGGGACUUCCAAGUAGAGAUGAAUUCUACUCGUCUCUAUAUGAGUCUAAGGUGAAAGGAGAAGAUUACCAAAGAGCUUUAAAAGUUUGGGAUCACUUCGGAAUGAAAACGAUGAGGGACUACCACGAUCUUUAUCUAGAGACUGACGUUCUUCUUCUAGCGGAUGUCUUUGAGAAUUUCAGGAAGACUUGCCUGGAAAAUUACAAGCUUGACCCUGCUCAUUACAUCUCAGCUCCUAGUCUAAGUUGGGACGCGUUCUUUUAA